AUGACGGAUCAGUACCUGCAAGAGCAGCAUGCCCUCACUAUUGCCCGCACCGUCCAGAGAGAACGACAGCUUGCCCAGGCCCGCCUAGAUUCUGACCAUGGUGAUAGUUGGGUCAUGAUCACUCAGACGGGUGAUAUCAACCCUCUUCCUCACGAACAUAUCAGGCACAGAUCCAAUGCCAAAGUCAGCCUCGAGCUGUCGGUACCCAAGGCCUUACAGCAAGGAAGGUCGCCCUUUGCGCGCAAAAGCGACAAUGGCACAGCCUACAUCACAACACAGCGGGUCAUUUACAUUCCUGCAAAACCCACCGCCGAGUUCAAGUCGUUCCAUGCGCCGAUUCUUAACUGCGCCGAUUCGUACGUUGGCUCGCCGUUCUUUGGCGCCUGGUUCUGGUCCGCCACCGUCGUGCCGGUCUCUGGAGGCGGCGUGCCUGCCGACAUACCACGGGUCGAGGUGAAGAUGAGCUUCAAAGAGGGCGGCCACAGCGAGUUCCGGCAAAGGUUCGAAGAGCUCAAGGAACGUCUCGAGCAUGUGAGGCGUCUGCAACAGGAGACGGGGCAGACGGUCAACAUUCCGGACGAGCCGCUGCCGGCCUACGAAGCAACCGAGGGCGGCGGAGCAGCUCCGAGCAACAUUGCGCCGCAACAGCAACAGGAAGAGCCGGCAGGCCGGCCGGCCAGUUCGGGGGGCCAGAAUGCGAACCGGCGUCCGGACGAGCCCCCACCAGACUAUGACGAGGCGCAAGCACAGACGCUCAGCAUGCGACUCGAGGAUCAUGUUCGCGAAGAGUCUGACAGAGCAUAG